AUAAAAUAUACACAGGUAGCCCUUGGAAGUAAUGGAGGUUCGGACGUAAACAUACUACUCACCGAGAAGGGAAUUCCGUGCUCUUUUACUUCUUGUGCCUCCCUGAAUUCCUCACCUGCCCAAGAUAAGAUGGCAAGCAUAAACGGAUUGCGACUGCUGUGCAGGGGAAUGGCUUCUCUGACACUGAGACAAGUUCAGUCCUCUGUAGGAGGCACACCAGCUUGUGGCCCGCUUUUGGAACAAGUAAGGAAACUAAAUAUACAUUAUGUUGAUCGACCUGCUCCUGGUGACAGAAAGAACUACAGGUUCAAAGUGCAUUAUCCUGAAGAUGGGCAAUAUACUGUCAAGCCUCUGAAAACCACAAAGUUAGCUGGGCGUCACCCUGAAACAGGACGUAUCAUAGUGGGAACACUUGGAGGAGGAGCAAAGCGGAAUUAUAGGUGGAUUGAUUGGUUCAGGACUGGCCCCAAAGAUGGAACUUUUUUAGAAGAAAGAGUUAUUCUGAUUCUCUACGACCCAAAUCGUUCAUCUCGCAUUGCUCUUGUUGGCAGUGGUGACAAUCUUAGGUACAUCCUUGCAACUGAGAAUAUGAAGGUUGGAGACCUUAUUAAAACAUCAUCUUACAUACCACGUAUCCCAGUGAGACCAAAGGAAGGCGAUGCAUAUCCUGUAGGAGCAUUACCUAUGGGGACAGUUGUAAAUAGCGUGGAAGUCUUUCCUGGUGAUGGGGCCCGGAUGGUGAAAGCAGCAGGUACAGGUGGACUGCUCAUGAGGAAACUUAGUAACAAGGUGAUCUUACAGUUGCCCUCAAAGCGAGAAGUUGCACUUGAUCCUGAGUGUAUGGCUACUGUUGGCCGGUUGUCAAACAUAGACCAUGGGAAUAAGCAUGUGGGAUCAGCACAGAGAAGGCGCUGGUUAGGCAGACGUCCAGCAUCUGGUCUAUGGCAAAGGAAGACUGGCUACAAUGGCAGAAAGAUCCGACCACUCCCGCCAGUGAAGGAGUACAAGGCCAAAAUCCCAGACACACCUGUCAUGAAAUUUACACUAAGUGGAGAGGGACCAACCAGACCUGUUAUUCCAAGCACUGAUAGGGUUACAUGAAUAUUUUUGCUGUUUCAGUUUAGAAAUGUAUAUAUGUAUAGUGUGAAAGUAUUUGGUAAUGUGUCCGUUAUGAUGGAAAAUAAAAAGGAAAUAUAAAA